UUCCCUCGGCCCCGCCUUUCGGGGGGAGCUGCCCUGUUGUCCCCCCCGCCCAGCGCGCGCUCCCGCCCCGUGUGCGUGUGUCACGGCGGGUGUGGGUGUGUUUGUUUCCUGUUGAGCUCGGAGAACUGAGGAGAAAGAAGCGCAGUGAAAGCAGAAAAGUGUGUGUGUGAGAGAGACAGACAGACAGAGACACAGACACACACAGAGAUAGUGUUCCCUGGCGCCAGAAGAAGAGGAAGCCUGGCUUUGGGGGACGCCUUCUCCGCCAUGGGCCACUACUGCCUCCGAGCCUCUCCGCGGCCCCUGCUCCUGCUCUGUGUCCCGCUGCUCUUCGCUGUCGCCCGCGGAGCUCCCACGCCCGGGCCCGGGGAGCAAGGAGUAGGCUGCCAACAGUAUACAAACAAAACUUGCGAGGAAUGCCUGAAAAAUGUCACGUGUUUAUGGUGCAGCAGCAGCAAACAAUGCCUGGAAUAUCCUGUUCGAAAUAUCCUCCCGCCCAGUUCACUUUGCCAGUUGAGUAAGGCCCGCUGGGGUGCCUGUUGGGUGAAUUUUGAAGCUCUCAUAAUUACAAUGUCCGUGGUGGGAGGAAUAAUCCUUAUUGCUCUUUGUGUUUGUUGCUGUUGUUGCUGCAGGCAAAAAAAGAGCAGAAAACCUGAUAAGGAGGAUGAGAAAGUUGCCCGAGAGAGAGAACAGAGAAGAGUAAGACAGGAAGAGAGGAGAGCAGAGAUGAAAUCAAGGCAUGAUGAAAUCCGGAAAAAAUAUGGUUUGUUUAAAGAAGAGAACCCAUACGCCAAAUUUGAAAACGACUAAGAUUUCUUUUGAAAAGCCAAAGUAAGCUCUGCCAGUGCUGUAUAUAGAAUGUGUAGUACAGCUGCUAAGAGAUCCAGUAAAUUGCAUGCCUUAAUUGCAAAUGGAAAAUUGGUCUUAAUAGAAGACAGCUGUUAAUAUACAGUGAGAUAAACGAACAAGCCAAACAUACCUCUGAAAACCAGAUUGCCUAGCAGGCUGGAGAUGUUAGAAUUUUUCUUCUUUCUGUCCUGCAGGUGCCUGUGCUCUUAUAUGUAUAGUAUAACAUAACUUUUGUUUGCUGGUCAAAUCUUGGAACAAAUUUGUUCAUGAAGUGGAGAGAGACAGUGCACAUUUCUUGUUGCCAAUCUUUUCUAUGGUCAACAAGUUAUAGCUGUUUUUAAUUGAAGGGUAGGAGUUGGGUGGUCAUCUAAAAAAAACUAGGUGGGUAGGCUAUAUGAAAGGAACAUAGGCUUUAAUUGUGCCACUAGCAAAAAGUGCCUAAAUCUAUCUUUAAAAACAUUUUGUUUGCAGCACAGAUGUUUUUAUAGUGGGAUUGUGAAGGUUUGCACUUUUAUAUAUUAAUACUUUUCUUCUGUACUACAUAUGCAUGUUCCUUCUGUUCCUCUGCCUCUUUUAAAUCACUUCAACUACAGAAUUAGACUGAUUUAUGUUAGUAACAGUGUGAUAUGAAUGUUUUACUGGUGCUGAUUAAAUGGCUGCUUGUAUUGGAAUUUUAAAGGCUCUUCUUAUAUUUAAGAACUUUGUACUGCUUGCAAUUAAGAAGUUGCCAAAUACCACUUGUAUCUGAAGCAAUGUAUAAUCUUGGAAAGAAUGCCCUUAGUAACCAAAUCAGAAGAAUGAAAAGGUUUCUUUUUUGAAGUAAAGAACCAUAAUGAAGCCUUGGGGUUGAUUUCUGCUGCCUAGAGUAAGGCCUGCCAAUAAAAUUUUGGCUUGAUGCAAUAGCCUGUUUUUCUUCAGGCUUUUCUACGUCAAGAGUCCUAUGCACUGGAGUUUCUUUAUGAAGACAGAUUAAUAAGGAAAGUAACUUAUUAAUGUUUACUGUCAAGUGGAAGAGUGGAUUAAAACAAAACCGUGAAAUAAUGAUUUGGAAGCCUGGCUGCACUUGGAAUGUAUAAAAUUUGUUUCCAAGGAAACUUUAAACACUACAUUUGCCUGGAGUGAAAUAGCACCUAGGUCAUAAACACAGAACUUGUGAAAAAUGUGGAAUGAUAUUGUCAUUUCCCCCACCCCAAAACUGAAAGCAUUAGAUAGUAUAGAGAAAGUAAAUGUCUGACUUUCAUGCCCAUACCCUUCUAAAAACAUUCAUACAUAUGGAGGUAUAUUAAUUACUGAAGUAGUAAAAUUCCAUUGUAAUCUUAAACUUUAUAUAUGUUGUCAAAGUCACACAAACGUUAUACUUUCUAUUCAUUUAAAUAUCUUUACUCCUCUGUUGACAUCUUAAAAACAAGUUGAAAUCUGCUGACAAUGCAUAGUAAAUUCCAGAAAUACAGGAUAUUGUAUUAUAAAAACUUUCAUAUAGUUAUUCUGCCGUAUUAACAAGUAAAAUCAAUUAUUUACUGCAGCAAAAUUUGUAAUUAUUUACUUAAUAAAAUAAAUAUUUAAUAUCUUACGUCUCUUGGCAUUCUAUCAUUCUGUUGCCCUCUUAAGCAAAUAUAAAUAAUGGGGAAUUAUUGUACCACAUGGUCAUACAAUCUCCCUUUUCUGAAGAAUAUGAGUAUGUUGCCCAUCUUACGAGUGGGUAGGGAUGUCAACAUCUGAAGAAAGUGUUUAGUGACAGAAUCACAAAUUUGAAAACGAAAAAUGCUUGGCUUAUGCUGUGUGUGUGUGUGUGUGUGUGUGAUCUAUCUCUCCUCGAAGAGAGGGUAUGACUGGCUGGAACUCUGAACAGGCUCCACACUGCAAUGUUUUGUGGCAGGUCCCACAUACAUCUAUAACAUCCUCAGGUUGUUGGGGCUGGCAGCCAGUCCAAGAAUAAAGCCUGCUACCAAUAUAUAACAUAGUGGAAGAUGGCCUUGAGAUGGGAAGCAAAUGAAAUGUGUCCUUUAUUCCUUCUUACUCUGCCGCCCCCAAGAGGGCUGAACAAUAAUACCUUUUGGGGAUGGGGAUACACUGCAACAUUCCACACAGCCUGAUUACCUUGCUGUGUUUAUCCACAUAUAUGGGCUAUCUACAGGACUUAGUAAUCUAUUUAGUCUUUACAAUACUACUAAGAUCUCACUACCUUAUGUUGGCUGUUCUAAAAUUCUAAUACAUGUUCUUAUUGCCUGGAUUACUAUAAUGUCUUGGUCCCAGUUUCUCUCUCUAAAUGUCUUCUAUCCUUAGCUCUGUGGCCAUCUAAUAUUUGGCUCACUGUUUAAAAGCCACAUCACUACACCAUUCAUUCACUCAUUUUGCAUUUAGUUCAAACAUCUUGGUAUUGGCUCUUCUUUUAUCUCUACACUAGUCAUACUUCUUUCAUCUAAUACAGAGGUAGGGAACCUGUGAGAUGCUGGCAGGGGCUAAUUAGAGUUCAGCAAUUCUGGAGCGCCAAAGGUUUCCCUGUUCCUGAUCUAAUACUGACUUACCUGCUUAACCUCUAGUUUCUUGUGCCAUUUAUUUCUGCCAGUUCUCUGCAACAGUUCAUGCACCUAGUCUAUGCACCUGUCUUCCAUUAUUAUUAUUAUUAUUAUUAUUAUUAUU